AUGCAAUCAUUAGUGCUUCCCCCUUCAUCCUUCAUCGCCACGGAAUUUGGACAUCCCAGAUUCGACCCGGGACCGGACCGGCUUCCCUUGAAUCUGUCCCGAUCAACAAAUGCUCGACGUUGCACUCCGCGGGACCUUCCUCUCCCUCGCUCUAUGUCCGACUCGGUCCCGGCAGAAGACCCGCUGGAGACUUCUGCAACCGUCCGACGUCUCGGACAUCCGGAGCUGCCUCAGCCAGUGACGACGGUGGCCACCUCGUCGGCCUCGUCGACCGCCGCCACGAUAUCGGCCGGAGGAGCGCCGGGCUCCCUUCUGGCCUCGGGGUCGCCCGCCACCACCACCACCGUUCACGAGUCGCCCUUGCACCGAGUGCUCUCUGGUCCGGGGGACGAUCUAUCGCGACAGGGCUUUCCUAUCGCAGAUAGCUUUUCAGCGUCGCGCUUACCACCUACGUUAGGAGGGCAGGUCCCGCCGCCGCCGCAGCCUUCUGCAUCGACCUACUCGCAGACAACCUUCGGGGUCGCCUCGUCCCCAGGAACGGGCGCUCGUGGAAUCGCCCAGAAGUCUACGCGACGGACCAAGGCUCACGUUGCGUCGGCCUGCGUGAAUUGCAAGAAGAAGCAUUUAGGGUGCGAUCCAGCUCGACCUUGCCGAAGAUGUGUCUUGUCGGGAAAAGAGGCAACUUGCGUCGACGUGACGCACAAGAAGCGAGGGAGACCCCCCUUGAAAGCCGAAGAAGCUUCUCUGAGAUCAUAUCCGGCCCAGGUGGACAGCGGAGCCGGGCCAGGGGGGCCACACGCACACCAUUCGAGACGCGCGAUGCAUCGAGCGACAUCUUCCCGCGAGAUUCGACCGGUGACAGAUCUGCAAAUCCCUAGCGGCCCUCCCGGUGCAAUGGGACUUCGAGCGGCCGCGAUGCCCCCGCACAGGUGGCCUCCGUCGGUGUAUCCUUCGAAUCUCGACCCAGCCCUAACAAUGCAAAGAAACAUCGGCCACAGGCGUUUCUCUUCGUCCGGCUCAGUGCAAUCGAUCACGUCGGCCUCGCCCCCUGGUUUCGUGCCUAUGCCUGGCACGUACAACCCUUCCCUCGGAGCAGGUCGCAUGCCCAUGGGAGUCGGAAGACCGCUCUCAUCCUACGGGAAUCAGGCGUUUCAUCCAGCAGCAUCGCCUCCGCAAUAUCACCAAGCCUUUGCUCCUCCGAUGUCGCCGUAUACCGACAGCACGAGAAUGGUGAAUCGGAUGGCAAUGGGCGAACCGCCCAGAGAAAGCUAUCUCGAAUCCCCCGUUCGACUGCCCCCUAUUUAUCCCCCGACGAUGGCGAGCCCGAGCUCCGGGCCGCAGUCUCAUCGAUUGAGUGAUCCCUAUUCGACGACGUGGUCUCCCCGAGCUCGUGAUGAGGGCUUUGAGCCGCGGCAGCCGAUGCCAGCUCAUGGCUAUCUGGAUCCUAUAUCGCCUACCAGUCAGAUGCGCCAGGCAAUGUCCGAAGUGAGUUAUGGAGAAACCGUCCCACGAGUCCUGAGUGCCGUCGAUCCCACCCUCCAGCGCCAUUCCUUGCAGCUGUCCUCCACACGAGUCCGUGACGAGGAGCCGACAACUGAAGCUGACAGUGGUGAAUCACGGCCGACAAAGAGGCGAAAAAUGGCCUUAGACGAUAUGGUGAACGGCUAA